UUUUCUCGGGGCAGUCUUCUUUUUUUCUUUCUGUCAGAGUGAUUUUGUUUUGUUUCAUUUUUGGGUGAAGAACUGAAUCGAAAACCCUAAUUUUGUUUUCACCAUUAUCAACUUAUCAUCAUCAGGAUGGCUGAAGGGAAGUAUAAUAUGAAGAAUCCGGCUGUGAAGAGAAUUCUUCAGGAAGUUAAAGAGAUGCAGGCUAAUCCAUCUGAUGAUUUCAUGAGUCUCCCUCUUGAGGAAAAUAUAUUCGAAUGGCAAUUUGCAAUAAAAGGUCCACGUGAUACUGAAUUUGAAGGAGGGAUUUACCAUGGGAGAAUUCAAUUGCCUGCUGAUUAUCCAUUUCAGCCUCCUGCUUUCAUGCUGUUAUCUCCAAAUGGACGAUUUGAAACACAAACGAAGAUAUGUUUAAGUAUAUCAAGUCAUCAUCCUGAACACUGGCAACCUUCAUGGAGUGUUAGAACUGCCCUAGUAGCAUUAAUAGCAUUCAUGCCAACAAACCCUGAUGGAGCAUUGGGUUCUCUGGACUAUAAGAAAGAACAAAGGCGUGAACUAGCUAUUAAAUCACGAGAAGCAGCUCCCAAAUAUGGGACUCCUGAACGUCAAAAAAUAAUUGAUGAGAUCCAUGAAUAUAUGCUAAGCAAGGUGCUUCCAGCUCCUCCCCAACACAGCCCCCAGCAGCCAGCCUCUGAGGAGGACUUGAGCAACAAAGAUGGUGAAGCCCAGUCCAGUCCCCAGAACGGUGAUGUGAUUCAUGAGGAUCAUCCCAUUCCUGAGGCAGAUGACAGGAUUGUGGAAGAUGCAAGAGAAGUCCAUGUUAAUGCUAAUGCUGGUCCCUUGAGAGUCAGCUUCAAUGCAGGAGUGACGGUAACAAGACGUGUACCAGCCACAGACUCCAAUACAGGAACUGCGGUUACAGUUGCAACCCCUGCUAGUGACCGCCUUUUCACGUUGGCUGCAAUUGGUCUGGCAGUUGCUAUUGCUUAUCUUUUACUCAAGAAGUUCUUGAAAUCAAGUGGUCAUGAUAUUGGUUCCAUGUAGAGAUUUGAGGUGUAGUGAUCAAGUCGAUGUUUAUUCCAUUAGAAUAUAUUACAGAGUAUAAGCAAAACCUAUUAUACUUACUUUCCAGGAAGAACUCAUGUAAUGUAAUCUAUAUUAACAUAUUAUAUACCAUAUAAAACACGCCUUUUGCACA